AUGGGCGAAUUCCCGGUGACAACAAACAAACCUGAUGAUGAAAUAGAUGAACAAAAUGGUUUUCUCAGUGUUAGAGAGAGUGGAAUAUUAUUUCCUGCCUUACGAUUAUCUCGCGAAAAUAACUUAAAUUCUUCCUUUACAAAAUAUUCCAUUCAAAAUCAAAUCUUUUUUCAUCCUGACUUACCUGAUAAUUCACUCCCGAUUCCAUACACAGGAUUUCUUGGAACUUGCACUUUAUCGAUAGGUCCAUUCUUGUAUUUAGAUACUCAGGUUCAUGAACUUUUAUUUGUGAGUCAGCAAGUUCUCCUAGAUGAUCAAAAUCAAAUACAUGAUGCGUCACAUUUAUUUUCUCAACAAGCUCUACCACAAACUCUGCAGCAGAAUCAACAACUUUUUCAACAGUCUCAACAACUAGCAUUUACAACUGUACAUCAAGCACAAGUACAACCAACAUUUGGUCAGACUUCAUAUCCCGUAAUUCGACCUUUAACUCCCUCUCCCAUUACAACUGCAAGUUUACAAACUUCAUCUUCUCGUAUUUACAAGCAACCUGCGAUACAACCCCGUCCACAACCACAACCGCAGGUAUCGCAGGUAUCCCAAUUAACACAAGUAUCAACUAAUCCUCAAGUUCAACAGCGAAUGCCUAUACCUCGUUUAUCUUCUCAACAACCUAAAAUUAAUACAGCUCCUUCACCCUCAAAUAAUUCUGUUAAAUUCUCGCCUCAAUUAACCAACGUUAUGCAGACAUUACUUCAAACCUACAAUCCUUCACAGAUACUCGCCAUACAAAAACAAUUGUCACAACCUGAAACGGCGCCAAACUUAUCGCAAGAGCAAAAAAAUGCGUUAAUCAAUCAUUUAAGUUACCUAUUGGCAUCACAGUCUAAUACUUCAUCUCAAGUGAAUUCGACUCUUAAUGCUCCGUUACCUCAACAACGCCCUAAUGUUUCCUCAAUUUUAUCAAAGACUGUGCAAUCACCUCAAUAUCAAUCAGGUCAAUUAUUUUCACAAGAUCAAACUCCGGAGAAAGAUCUCUCGGUGAAGGAUCUCUCACCAAAAGAUCUUUCGAUCCCAACAACUUCAUUACCUUCCGAGGUCUCAGUUCAAGCAUCAUCUCCUCCAAAUGAAGAAAUCCAGAUAGCACAAUCGGAUUGUCAAACGAUACAAUCAGAUUCACCAACUGAGCAGGCUCAGGAUGUUCAAUCAACUCCAUCUCCCGAACAAAUCCAAACGUUGUCAAUAUCACAAAAAUUGAAGCAACUCGGUCUCUCUACAGAGAAUCAUGUAGUAAUCGAACCAUCUCCACAGCAAAAACAACCGGUUAAUUCGUUACCACAACAAAGAAUGUUGGUGGCCACAGAAUCUGCUCAUUAUGCGUCGCUUAACAAAUUUAAAAUGUGGAAUCAACCUGUAGAAAUUCCUGCGUCUACCGCAUAUGAGCAUGCAGUAAGAUGUGAAGUAAUUUUAACGUUUAAGGAUGAUCGGAAAACUAGGUUUUUAUUUCCCAAAGAUGCUAUUAUUGAACGUAAUCCAGAAGAUGAUAUGGGAUUAUUACAUUGUCCUAAAGUUUAUGAGGUAAUUGCAAGUUAUGUUUCACCUCCCGAUGAGGAUGACCCGAAGAAAUCUACUGAAGAAUGGGAGAUUAGUAUAAAAUCAGUAACCGAAGAGAUAUGGAAUGCGUUAUGUAGAACCGUAAACGACGAAGAUACGGUUGAACGUUUAAUGGAUGAAAAGCUUAAGCGUAAAUGUAAAGAACGUUAUUUACAAAUGCGCGUUCCUAGAGACUUUUAUAAGGAAAAAGUAAAGAAAUAUCAAAGAACUUGGGUGACAGCGGUUUCUACCAAUGAAAUGGACGAAGAGGAAAUUGAUAUUGAUAUUAAAAACGAUGAUUCAGAUACGGAAUUCGAUUUACAAUUUGGUAAAGGGAAAAGAGGAAAACGUAAAACGACAAAAAAGACAGUACCUACAUCUACAAAAAAAGUUAGGAAAACAAAGAACUCUUCUAAAAAUGAGAAUAAUCGGAGGAAAUAUACGACAAAAAAAUCUAGACUCGUUACCGAUUCAGCUGGUAACGUAGAGCAUAUCACUGAAAAAAAGAAUUGUAUGUACUGCGGUGUUAGAUACACUCCAAUGUGGAGAAGAGGACCCAAAGGACCAGGAACUCUGUGUAAUGCAUGUGGUGUAAAAUGGAAACAAGGAAAAAUUAUGGUUGAAGAAAGCCCAAAUGAUGAUAAUGAGCCCACUGAGCAGAAUGAUUCUACGCCAGUCGCUCAACCUUCCAAUUCAAGAAACCCAUCAAUAUCUAUUGGCGAAGAUGCUCCUAAUCCUUCUGCUGCAAAAAUUCCUGGCCGGCCACUUACAGAUGAUGAUGAUGGUCAAGGUCGUGCUGAGAAAUCACGUGUAUCACGUGGUGGUUCUAUCGCCGGAACAUCUAAGCGUGGUCGAAGACCUUCAACUUCAUCAAAGAAAGAACCUGAGCCAGUUCCUGAUAAUCUUAUUUCUAAGUCCAACCUAACACCAUCUCAAAAUCCAUCGAUAUUUCCCAUGGAACUCGCAAUAACUUCAAUUACAUUUGGACCUGGAUUAGCAUUUUUUUCAGAACCUGAUUGUUACGUAACUCUCGAAAAAAAUAAAAUAUUAAUUGGCUUAAAAAAAGAUGGUCAUGAUCCAACAAAAAUCGAAAUUUGGAAAAACUAUAUAGACGACAUCAGUUAUUCAGUCGAGAAAGAUUUGCUGACCGGAUUUCCAAUGUUAGAAGUGACCGUAAACAUAGGACAAUAUAUUACUAGGUUUGACAUGGUAAUACUGGAUGGUGAACAUUCUUCUGUAGUAUUCAAAUUUGUAAAUUUAGAUUUGAAUUUUGAGCCGGGAUUACUUGCAGAUAGCGGCAUCAUCGUUGACGAAGGCAAUGAUAUGAUUGAUUUGCGAACACUGUUUCAAAGGUGGUUUGCUAUUGAAAUGGAUGAGAAUGCCAGUUAUUUUCGAAUGCAAUGA